GAAAGCGACUGCGUCGGCAGACAAAUCUCACACGCUCCCCAUCUUCUCUUCCCUGGCACGACACCGCCGCCGCGGCGGCGAGCGAUUCCGAUGGCGGCCACGGGCGGCGGAGGCGGUGGCGGUGGCCGCCACUGGAUCGAGGCGGAGACGCCCGACUUCCGAGCCAGGAUGCGCCGUAUCUACCUACCUACCAAAUUGGCCACAUAUUUUCAGCCCAAGUAUUCCCCCAAUUCCCUGGAGGCCCAAACACUUAUUGCCAGAUUGGAGGAGGAUGCCUUCAGGGGGACAAACAGUAAGGUAGAGUACGUGAAAAAAAUAUCUGACAAGGUGGUCACUAUGUUGAGAAAUAAAACUGACGAGCUACAACGACGAGCGCAGUUACAAAGCCAAUUGCAACAGGCUAUUGAAGCACAGGCUUUACAUGGAGGCAGUUCUUCUGUAAUGCCAGAGGCAGUGAUGGUGGCUAGUCGAAGGCCAACUUCUCAGUCUAUGGCACCUCAAACUUCAGGCCUAGUGCCAAACCAGAACAUGCUUCACCCUUGCACGUCAAACAUGCAGAUUGAGGUUGAGAAAAAGCAUCAUGGUCAGGAUCAUUAUCCAAACUUUCAACCCAUGGGAAUCACUAGAGCAGGGCCGGGUGUCCAGUCUGGUGCAUGGCCGAUGCAGUCAGGAGCCAGUCAGAGUGAGAGCCAGUACAUGGCCAGGCAACCGCAGGCUACAAAUUUUGUUGGCUACAGCCUAGCAAGUGGGUCAAAGCCAGUUAUUCGGCCAAAUUCUCAGCACAAUCACCCACUUGGCCAAAAUGAUAGUGCUAUUGGAGUGCGACAGCCGCAGAUUACAAGGUUGAAUGAAAUUUUGAGAGCCAACCAACAAGAGAUGGGCACACAAAGGUACCAAAUGCUUGGAGCACAACAAGCUGAUGUCUCCAAGAUGCAGCCUGGUCAGCUUAGAAUACGGAAUAAUCAGGAGGAUGCUAGGCAAACAGGUUUCUUACAUCCACCAUUCAAGGUAUCUGAGCCCAUGACUCCACCUGUACAACAGAUUCCAGGUGCUCAGCAAUCUCAGAUUCCAGCUAUGAUGGGAAGUACUAGAGAAUAUGAUCUCGAGGAAAUAUUUUGUAAGAUCAAGUCUUGGAAAGAUGCUUAUUUUCCUCAGUUUUUGGAACUGGAUCGUAGAGUCGUUCUUCCAACACUAACAGAGGAACAAUUCUCAUCACUACCUGAAGCAAAAGCUAAUCUAUACAUACGCAAAGCAGAUUUCAAGAAAUCAAUCAGAAGGAUACUGAAUUUAAUGUCGUUGCAGAAGAGUGAUGUGCACGAUGGUUUGAAGGUGGACCUCCCCAAGUACGAAAAACUCAUACAUCAUUUCCUGGCUCUUCUGGAGAGGAAUAAAACUUGCCAUGCAAAGAUGAAUACAGGAUAUCAGUUGCAGAAUUGUGAUGAGCAGCGUAAAGCCAUCAAUCUUACUGGCAAUGCAUCCCCAAUCACUGGUGGUACAAGUAGAGAGCAAAAGCAACCUGCAGAUGCAAGGAUUUUGCAGCCGAGGCAAACAACUAUGGCUAGAACAACAACACCUCAUCAACAGAGCAAUGAUAACUACUUGCAAGGAAUAGAAAGUGCUUCUUUCUCUUCACCAGGAUCAUUGCAGUCUUCAUUGCAGUCUUGGUCUUCCAGUAUGCUCGAGUCCUUGAGGCCCUCACCACUUGCAAAUCCAGUGGUAGCACCAGCGUCACCCUGUGCUCCAGUGCCCAUAAUCUCAAUGGACGUUGACAGCAUAACUGCCUUCUUGAUGGAUGACAAUGCAGCAGCAGCACCGCCACCAAAAGCAAAUGGUUCUAACCAAGUCACUCGUACUGAACCGAUAGUACCAGCCUCACCACUUCAGGCAGACAUAGCAGCUGGUCAUGGAGAGGUUCAGGCGCGAGGUGGAGACGGAACACCGGUGACUAAGAGGCCCAUUGACCGGCUAAUGGAUGCGAUAAGAUCUUCAUCGCCUGGAGCGCUACACAGCUCUAUUAAUUCAAUUCGGUCUUUCCUCAGCAUGAGCGACAUUGUACCACAUGGGAAAAUCGGCACAAUGUUGGAUUGCAACUCCCUGCAGCAGCAGGGUGGAUGUAAUACUGUGAACAAAAUGAAGCGAGUUUUCAAUCAUACAGGGUCGCGAUCUCAAUCACUACCGCUGGGAAGCAUGGAUGGCAGUUGCAUGUCAUUUGAGUGUGGGGCCUCAGACUCUGGAUCAAGCAGUGAGGUAAACUUUAAGAGGCAGAAAAUACAGAAUGCUAGUAAUGAGGCUCUGUUGGAAGAAAUCAAAUCUAUCAACAGCACACUGAUCGAUACAGUGCUCAGCAUAUCUGAUUACUGUGGUAUGGAUGGGAUCCCCCGCUGUGAUGGCGGGACAACAAUCAAACUGUCCUACAGUGCCGUGUCGCUUUCGCCGACCUUUAAAUCUGUCUUUGCCACAUCUGAAGCGUGUCUUGUCUUGCCGGUUAAGCUAUUCGUCCCAGCAGAUUAUCCCAGGAGCUCUCCGGUGCUCAGAAAUGACGAAGGAGAUGAGGUGCCAAGGAAGAAUUCCAGCGCCAUCUCUGCCUUGGCGGAUGUGGUGUUCCGGCACGCCCUCGACGCUCUCCUGGAACCCCAGUCGAUCGAGGCGAUGGCCAGGGCGUGGGACGCCUCCGUGCGGAAGGUCGUGACGCGGUUUGCGCGUCAGCAAGGCGGAGGGACGAUCAGCUCGAUGUUUGGUGGGUGGAAGAGAUGUGCGGCCGCAUGAGACAUGGAUCAGAUUUAGGAUGCCACACACCCGUGGCUUGUUUGUUGUAGUAUUGAAGAAACUGUAAGGUGAGUCUGUACCCAAACUGUAAGGCAUGUCUGUUGAUGGUGAUCCCUGUUGUAGAUGAUGUAAACUGUUGUUUUGUACUGUGUGAGAUAGAUGUAGAAUAGCAGCUUAGGAUAAGUAGGGGGGAAAUUCUGUUUGGAAUUCGAACUGGCUACAGGCAUGCCGAAACUGCUGUUGUAUUUUCAAUCUUGUUCUGAUGGGACAAAAAAUCCUGCAAUUUACUUGUGGUAGUAAGAAACAGUUCGUACUUGCAUGGUGAA